AGUGAACGGGGAGUACGCACCGGCGAUAUAGUGCUCUGACAAUUAGUGUGAUUUUCAUCUUCUACAUUUAUACAUACCACAUCCUUGGCGAUAUACAACUACAGUAUUACUCAAGUGGUUUUUGUGUUACUGGACAAAAAAAAACUUUACCAAAAGGUCAUCACAUAUCGGCGUUUAACCAACGAGUUCUCAGCGAUACCAAACAGUAUUGACGUACGAAUAUAUCCAACUGUGCUAAACCUUGAACUCUGAAAAAUAAUUUUAAAACAACAACAAAGAACACUGACAAUGCAUGUGGAAGUAUCCGUGGCUUUCAAUUUCGUGAUCUCUUACCUGUACAACAAACUUCCUCGAAGGAGGGUCGAUAUGUUUGGCCAGGAGCUAAAGACGGGACUCCAGAAGAAGUUCGAGGGACACUGGUACCCAGACAAACCGUUCAAAGGGUCAGCGUUCCGCUGCAUCCGCGUGAACGGCGAGAAGAUGGACCCGGUCAUCAUCACGGCUGCUUUCAACGCCGGUCUUGACAUUGAAGAGGUCAAAGGUUACCUUCCAGCAGAGCUGACCCUGUGGAUCGACCCAUCAGAAGUGUCGUACAGAAUCGGCGAGAAGGGCCCCAUCAGGAUCCUGUACAGCGACCGCAAGGAGGAGGAUCCGGAGACGACGGCAGACCGCGAGGUGCAGGCCGUGAGCCGCGGCUUCAACCCGGAGGCUCAGUGUUUCCAGCCGAUCGACUCGCUGUCAUCCUCAAUGAACAAUCUCAGUCUUUCCCCAUCCUCAUCCAACUCAUCGGGAGCGUGGAGCACGUCCACAUCUCCCUCCACGGCGCUCUUCACCUCGGCGGCAGCCAGCCCAGCGCCAGCCAUCUUCCAGAACAAGGAACAGGAGAUGCCCAAGUUCACGGCCGCCACUUUCGCGCAGACGAAGUUCGGCUCCACGAAGCUGAAGACCCAGGUGAAGCGGCCGACGCGUCUUUCGCCAACGGAGUUCGGCAACUUCUUCCGCCAGCGCUCCACAGCUGCCGCGGCGGCGAUGCAGAACGCAUUCGCCGGCGUGCCGUCGCCGCCACAGCGGCCGCAGUCCCUGUCGCCGAGAGACCAGAGGAUCGAGUUCAUGGUGGACCAGCAACAGCGGCUGCUCAUUCAGGCGCAGCAGAGUCAGCACAACCCUUUCCAGCAGCAGCAGACAGCAGCAGCUGCCGCCGCCGCCUACAUGGGCGACCUCUACCGCCACACGUCACCGUCGCAUCUUUCGCCUGGCAGCUUCAACCCAGGCUUCAACGACCCGUUCUCCACAAGCUCACCCGUCAACUCCCUGUCGCCAGACGGCCACAAGUCUUUCAUGGACGGACUCAACAUCAAUCCAGUUUCGUAUCCAGGUCAGCUUCAUCACCUCCUUGUCGCCAACUAGAGGGCAGCUUUCCAGUUCUGUGUAUUUCCUGACUGGCUCCUUUUUUUUAAAAACAAAAACAAAAACAAUUAAUAUUAUUAACAUUAUUAUCAUUAAUAUUAUUAUUUUGUGUAUUAAGUGACUGGGUUUAAGUUAUCUAUCACGUGAUUGACUGAUUAUGUGCUGCCCGACAAGUGAUUGGUGCCAGAUUUCUGGCAAUCCACAUCAGUGAUAUUGAACGUUCGGGAAUCAUAACUUUUUUUUCUUUGUUUUUCAUAUGUGACGUCACAGGUGGAAUCUGUGAAAAUAUACCCAAAGAAAUAUGAUCAUGAUGAUGAUUGUUUAUAUUUUUCCAUGAAAGUUGUAAUGUAUUUGAAAGUGAGUGCCCCAAAAAGGCUUUUGUGAGUGAGGACUAGUCAUUGUGAAAUAUAUUAUUGUUAUUGAAACCGUCAGAAAUACACAAAAUAUGUUAGUAAGCAGAACGAAGGCAUUAAAAAGAAGAAGAAAUAAUGCGCAUGCUAUAAAAUGACGUCACAACUCAGUGGAACAAAUUAUCCAAUGUGUAUUGGAUUUACACUUGGACGACUACAACUUGAAGCUGCUGUUUUUGUUAUUUUCGUCGUCUGCUUAUUUGUGCAUUUUUGACGGAAUUUUAUUGUAAAAGUGGUUCAUAUCUUUGCGUUGUACAGUGAUAUUGAGAGAGUAUAUAUAUAUUCGUAUUCUUCUAUUGACAUUCAAUUCGGGUACAAAGGUCUUAUAUCUUUUGUAUUUGUUGUGAAAUAUUGGAAAAAAAGAUGCUUACCUUUUGUAAUGACUAUAAUUUCGUAAGUUAGCAGUUUACAUAUAUAUGUCUAUAUUUACACGCACAUAAGAAGUGUGGUUAUAGAUUUACAGAGUUUAUUUGUACUGAAGAUCAAUUUUUCCAAUUGAAAUUUUGCUUGUUACAGUUAUGAUUGAUUUGUUUUCUACAUUUCAAGUGUGCAAUAUGAUAUUAUUGCGUGAUCUUGUUCAUGGUGGCUUAUUUAGACUUGAGUGAUAGGGGCGACGUGAUGGCUUGUAAACACCACCGUGGAACAUGACCUUGACAAGGUCAAGGCACAAGUGCUGUAUUCUCCAGUACACCACCGUGGAACAUGACCUUGACAAGGUCAAAGCACAAGUGCUGUAUUCUCCAGUAUUUUACUAAUAUUAUUAUUGGUGCAACUUCUUCUUUUUUAUUCUCUCCUGUUUUUUAAUUUCAUAAAACAACCAAAUAAACAACCUCAUUUUACAUUCCAAAUCCCUGAUAGAUGUAUAGUGUGCAUUGCCAACCUGCAUUUCAAUCUGGAAGUGAAUCAUUUUGUAAUGUAUGCUAAGUGAAAGCAUUCCGCCAUCCAUGUGUAGUUGUGUGCUAUAUAACUGUCUUAAGACUCGGUCUAGUGAGUGUUCAUAAUUAAUGACGGUCCAAACGCCAUUUUGUUGCAAUUUCUAUAUAAUUGUAUUCGAUGGUACCAAAUUGGGAAGACCAUUAUUUAUUAACAUUUGGCAUGUACGUUCUUAAACAAAACGAAAAGAAAAUAUCAGUGACUUUGCAUUACACCGAAAUAUGGGAUUAUUUAUACUAAGCAAGACAUAACGUCACAUGCAUCUAUAACAAUAAUUUUCCGUCUGGAAAUAACAAUGUAAAUUGUUUUGUAAAUGUGACAAAUUUCGAAAUACGUUUAAAAUUUUAAUUCUUUCAGUCACCAUUUUGGUCAUCUUUUUAACAAAAUUGUUCAAAAAAUAAAAAUAAAUAAAAUUUUGUUUUUUAAAUAUAAAAGUAUGACUAAGACACAAUUCAUAUCAUGUUUGCUACACUCUUCAAAUUCCAAAGUAAACAACAUAAUACACAGAUCCCAGUAAUGCAAAUUUGUUUUAAAAACAAACAAAAAAUACAAUGAAUGUCGUUUGGCUUCUGGCAAAUGAACACUAACUGGACUUUACGUGUAUAUAUCUGACUGGACUAUACUGGACUUGUCGUCGUGCCAAAAGAGAAUUAGUUGACAAGAUGACGACGAUGACGUUGAAACAUGUUACAGGACGUUGACGUCGAAUUGACGUCGUGCAGGCCCCGGGACGUCGUCUACGCCGUCUGCUUUCUUUCUGAGAGAUAAAUUCUCUUAAAUUCGUAAUGUUUAUACUGUUUCAUAUUUUUAAGUUUGUAAUAAAAAUAUUGAUUUUAUUAAAAA